UGGUCCAGCAGCUUGAACUGUCAAAGCUCACAUGUUAUCAAACGCUUCGUAAAUAUCAAAGCCUGAACACCACGUUUUUGAGCAUAAUUUCGUGUAAAGUUAAUAGUUACUAGUUGCGAUGCCGAAAUCAAAGCGAGAUAAGAAAGUGUCCCUCACGAAGACCGACAGGAAAGGUUUGUCCAACAAACAACAAAUUAUCGAGAAUAUACAACAAUGCCGGGAGCAGUACGACAACAUAUUUGUAUUUUCGGUACAAAAUAUGCGCAACAGUAUGCUCAAGGAUGUGCGAACAGAGUGGAAAAACUCACGGUUCUUUUUCGGCAAGAACCGUGUAAUGCAGUUAGGCUUAAAGUUGGUAAACGACGAUGAGAAUGAUGAACCCACAAAGCUGGAAAAGGGUUUGGAAAAUCUUCGAGACCAGAUGAUUGGACAGUGCGGGUUACUGUUCACGUCAGAAAGUAAGAAAACCGUGCUUGAAUGGUUCGACUCGUAUCAGGCCGAAGAUUUCGCCCGUAGUGGGUUCCGGGCGACAAAAACGGUCAAACUGAAGCCGGGUCCAUUGGAAGACUUUUCGCACGCAAUAGAGCCUCACCUACGGUCGCUAGGUAUGCCUACGAAACUGGACCGGGGAAUCGUGACCCUUUACAAAGAUUUCACAGUGUGUGAGAAGGGCAAGCUUCUUACCCCGGAACAGGCCAGAAUUCUGAAGCUGCUUCGCAAACCGAUGGCAACGUUCAAGAUAGUUAUUAACUGCUGCUACACGAAGAAGGACGGUUUCGAGGUGAUCAAUGAGAGAGAUCUUAAGGUGACGAAAAAGCCGACGAAGGCUGUUGUUUCCAAGAGUACGAAGAAAGCGGCAGAUGCCAUGAGUGAAGACGAGGACGACGAGGACGACGAGGAAGAAGAGGAUGGUGAAGCGAUGGAGCAGGACGACGAUGAAGAUGACGAGGAUGAGUAGAUGUGUUUAUGCCGUACAAAUAAAGUGAAUGUAUUCAACUA